GUAGGAGGAGCAGGAGCUCGAGGUCGAAAAAGCGCCCCCCGCGCCCCCCUCCCCUUCCCCUCCCCCCCCUGGGCUUCCCCGCGGCGUCUCCGGCGGCCGCGGGGCGCGCCCAUGGUGGCGCCGCGCGCCGCGGUGGCGGGCCGGGUGCGGAGGAGAUGGAGGUGCCCAUCUCGCCGGCGGGCCUGGACACGCUCCUCAGCAGGAUGACCGUGGCCCUGAACCGCGUGGAGGCCUCGCAGGGCAGCGCGGUGAGGGGGCGACGCGCGGAGCUGGAGCUGCUGACCGAGCUGGGCCACGUCAGGGACUUCAUGAGGCAGGCGGCCCAGGACACGGAGCACCGCGAGGCCUUCCACGAGAUCUUCGACGAGUGCAGCCGCGUGGCGCGUGUGCGGGUCCUCUGCGAGGAGGUGAGGCUGUCGGAGAGCAACUGCGCCGACGCCAGGCUCAAGGGCUGCCUGGACUCCUGCAAGGCCGUGGAGGCCAUCGUGCUGCAGAAGGGCUGGGCCCGCUCGCGGCUGAGGCAGGCCGUGGCCCGGGAGAGGGAGCUGUUCGUCGACGACCAGAGCUGCUCCGGCAGGGUGCUCGGGUGCCGCCAGUGGAGCUGGG